GGGCUGGGCUGGGUGGAGGUGGAGAGGAAGAGCUGCCGGAAGUAGGCGGCAGAGGUGUUGGCCGAGCCCUCGGCAACUGCCAGGGAAGCCGAGGCUCGGGGCGCAGGACCAGCACACGGGGAGGCCGAGGAGUCAUUUCUGCGUCUGGCACCCAGGAGACCCGUGGGUUCCCUUUACCUGGGCUGAGGGUCCCAGGUCCAGCAGCCUCCCCUGGACUUGGGCCUCUCCCUAAACCCGCCAGGGGGCGCCGCGCUGGGGGGCUGUGGAGUGGGGGGCGGACGCCGCUGACCGGAGAAGGGGCACCGGGCGAAGCGGGAGGAGAGGGCUCUCCCCCGCUCAGGUGGUGCCCCUGGGCGGGGGACCGGGAGUCUUCACCCCCGGACUGAGGCAGGGACUUUUGGGGGCGAGGAGGGCGCGUCGUCCUCUGCCCCCGCCGGCACCCUGGCCAUGACGGGCAAGUCGGUGAAGGACGUGGAUCGCUACCAGGCGGUCCUGGCCAACCUGCUGCUGGAGGAGGAUAACAAGUUUUGUGCGGACUGCCAGUCUAAAGGGCCACGAUGGGCCUCCUGGAACAUUGGUGUGUUCAUCUGCAUUCGAUGUGCUGGAAUCCACAGGAAUCUUGGGGUGCACAUAUCCAGGGUAAAAUCAGUGAACCUCGACCAGUGGACUCAAGAACAAAUCCAGUGCAUGCAAGAGAUGGGGAAUGGAAAGGCAAACCGACUUUAUGAAGCCUACCUUCCUGAGACUUUUCGGCGACCUCAAAUAGACCCAGCUGUCGAGGGAUUUAUUCGAGAUAAAUAUGAAAAGAAGAAAUAUAUGGAUCGAAGUCUGGACAUCAAUGCCUUUAGGAAAGAAAAAGAUGAUAAGUGGAAAAGAGGGAGUGAACCAGUUCCAGAGAAAAAAAUGGAACCUGUUGUUUUUGAGAAAGUGAAAAUGCCACAGAAAAAAGAAGAUCCACAGCUACCUCGGAAAAGCUCCCCGAAAUCCUCAGCACCUGUCAUGGAUUUAUUGGGCCUUGAUGCUCCUGUGGCCUGCUCCGUUGCAAAUAGUAAGACCAGCAAUACUCUAGAGAAGGAUUUAGAUCUUUUGGCCUCUGUUCCAUCCCCUUCCUCGUCAGUUUCCAGAAAGGUUGUAGGUUCCAUGCCAACUGCAGGGAGUGCCGGCUCUGUUCCUGAAAACCUGAACUUGUUUCCAGAACCAGGGAGCAAAUCAGAAGAAGUAGGCAAAAAACAACUGUCUAAGGACUCCAUCCUUUCACUAUAUGGAUCCCAGACGCCACAAAUGCCUACUCAAGCAAUGUUCAUGGCUCCUGCUCAGAUGGCAUAUCCCACAGCCUACCCCAGCUUCCCUGGGGUUACACCUCCUAAUAGCAUAAUGGGGAGCAUGAUCCCCCCACCAGUAGGCAUGGUAGCUCAGCCAGGAGCUUCUGGGAUGGUUGCCCCCAUGGCCAUGCCUGCAGGCUAUAUGGGUGGCAUGCAGGCAUCGAUGAUGGGUGUGCCGAAUGGAAUGAUGACCACCCAGCCAGCUGGCUACAUGGCAGGCAUGACAGCCAUGCCCCAGACUGUAUAUGGGGUUCAGCCAGCUCAGCAGCUGCAGUGGAACCUUACUCAGAUGACCCAGCAGAUGGCUGGGAUGAACUUCUAUGGCGCCAACGGCAUGAUGAGCUAUGGACAGUCAAUGAGCGGUGGAAAUGGACAGGCAGCAAAUCAGACUCUCAGUCCUCAGAUGUGGAAAUAAAAACAAAACACCUGUAUGGCCGCCACGUUCAUCAGCCCUAGCGCUCUCCUUUCCCUAUCCUCCUCGCCCCAUCCUCUUUUCCGACCUCUCUCUCUUUGGUUUAGAGAUUGCUCCAUAAGUCAUUUGGGGCUUGGCAUCCUGCCCAGCCUGGCCACUUCCCAAACACAAAGACCUCUCUGUUGCUUUAUGUUGUACAUGUCCCCUAGCCAUCCCAACUUCUUCCCCAGGCUCUCGGCCCUGAGUCCUCUCCUGGCACCAGCACCUUAGAAAUUGUUGGCAGAGGCACUUAACUUGCAGGAGAAAUGUGCAUACCUUUGAGUACCUUCCCUCAAGGUUAAACCUCUAUCAGACUCUCAGAAGGGUCUAUAGGUGUUAUGUAUUAGGGAAAAGAGAAAGUUUAGAGAUCUAUGUGUUAAUAAGCUAUUUCUAAGUAUUUAAAUUUGAAGACGGAGGCAUCAUGUUCAUAUGAUUUAUAGGAAUGCAGAAAGUACUGAAAUCAAAUUAAAUACUCCUUGGGUCUUGGAUCAGGUUGACCCUAACCCUGAGAUGAGGCAAGCCCCCCCUCCUGUGAGGAUGAGCAAAAAUAUUACUGUAUUCGCCCUGAGUUGCUUUCUGGAUCUAGGCCUUCAGGACUUGCUGCUUCAGUCAGCCUUUAUUAGCACCAAAGACUUUAUGAAGAUCCCACACACAGACACGCAUCUCUUUCCUGCCUCCUACCUGCCUUCAGUAGGAUCUGGCUCCAUGGCUGGAGGACCAACCCCUACAGUGGGAAUGCAGAGCUUAAUGUGUGUGCUGCUCACGUGCGUGCGUGUGUGUGCGUGUGCAUGUGUGUGUGUGUGUGUGUGAGUGUGUGUUUUCCACCUCCCACUUCCCAUCUGCUCUGGGUGUUUUUUUUGUUUGUUUGGUUGUUGUUUUUUUUUUUUUAGUUUUAGGUUUACAACAGAGAGGAAUUAAUUUAUCAACAGCCUAAAGCUGUUACGUUUUUCUUCUAGUUUUAAAAAAUUGCCAUCUCAUUGAUAGCUCCCUUUUUCCUCUCAAUCUACUCCCAAUCUGCUGAUCACUCUUUCAUGCCUGUAUAUCUGGGGUGCUCUGUUUCCCCUCCUUUCCCAGGUGUAUGAGGCAGAGAGCCAGGACAGCUUUCCUCUCAGUCCUUGUUCACCCCACUUGAAAAUUGAAACAAGAAAACUUUGCUUAAAAGAUUUCAUGUGUGGGAACCACAAUUCUUGGUUGCCUUUCUCCUGUGUAUGUGUAAAUUCCUUAAUAAAUAUUGCAGGGAAGAAC